CUUUUAUUUUUGUGUUUCUCUUUUCACAUCGAAACAACUGUGAAUGAUCUCCUUUGUACUAGUAUCGUUAUAGUAAAGAAUGGAAGAUCCUAUGAGUUUGGUUUUCCCGGAGCAAAGCAGUGAUUCAUUGAGUUCGGUAUUCGCCAUGAUCCAUCAUCAUCCUCGUCCACAUCAAUCCGCCCAAUCCACUGAUUCGGCCAGUUCGGUUCAAGCCAUGAUUGAAGGCAAUCAUUAUCCUCUGAAUCAAACCCACCUUAAUUCCGCUCAGUCCCCUUCAAAACAACCCAGAUAUUCACCGGUUUUCGAUGCUCCCGACAAAGACCUGAUCAGCAGUUUACCAGAUUCCCUCCUGCAGGAACUCCUUUGUUUUUUACCCAUUGAAGAUGCUAUCAAAACCUGCUUUUUGUCUCGGAGAUGGAGGUCUCUUUGGACGCAAAUGCCAACGCUUUUUUUUACUCGUGAACACUUUGCUGUCAAGCACGCUAAACGUGCCAAGUUUGUUAAAGAAACGCUGCGGCGCUUCACUGGUCCCAAGAUUAAAAAUUUCCUUAUCAAUUUCAAAUUCGAUGAUUCCAUGGAUGCUUCCCUUGAGGAUUGGGUUCUUUUCGCUACAACACACCAUGUCGAAAAGCUGUCUUUGAUUUUUGAUGGGGGGUUUCUCUAUGCUCCAUUCGCCGACUCUAAACCUUACAGCUUGCCUCAGUUCCUGUACCUGAGUUCAUCCCUGAAAGAUUUAAUUUUAAGACAAUGUGUUGUUUCACCUACUGACCAAGUUUCUUGGCCAAGCCUUAAGGUUUUAUCCAUCAACUAUUCUAGAUUGACCACUGAAGCAAUUGAAAACAUUCUAUCAGGCAGUCCCAAUUUGCAGAAAUUGAAAUUGCAUAACUGUGGAGGGGUUAAUCGAAUCUGUUCAAUGAGUCUGGAAGUUCUAGAGGUGGAUGCAGUCUAUGAGCCUCGUGAGAAAAACGAGUCAGUGACAGAGAUUUCAUGCCCAAAUCUCCAGUCAUUGAGCCUAUCAGGGUAUAUGUACAAAAGAACAUUUAGAGUGAUGCAUGUUUCGUCUUUGUCAAACGCUAAUCUGAGUUUUGUGAUGACAAUUGACAAAAAAGACAAGUAUGAUUGUGCAAAGCAUCGAUCCAUCUUGAGGGACCUCCUAGAAAACCUUUGCCAUGUUGAGAAAUUGACCAUGGGGACUUGGUGCCUUCAGGUCUUAUCUAUAUGGGAAAUAAAGGGCAUAUCCUCACCAUUAUCCAAACGCCAUUGUUUGGUGCUGGACACUGAGAUAUGUGUAUGGGAUAUUCCCGGGAUUGUGAGUCUGCUUCGAAGUUCACCAUAUCUGAAGAAACUAGUAAUAAAUUUGUAUUACUGCGACAACUCUAAGUUUGAGUUUGAUCAGAGUUUUUUGGACUUUUAUGAAUUUGAUGGAGAGGAAUUCCUGGAUUCAACUAACUGGAUUUUCAAGUGUUUUCUGCAAAGCCUGGAGGAUAUUGAGCUAACUGGCUUCCAACAGAAUUUUUCAGGGUCCCAGUUGUUAGUAAAGUUUAUGAAAUUUCUGCUCAGAAGCGGAAAAGUGCUCAAGAAGGUAGCUAUCUAUGAACAGAGUGGCGCUCUUCAUAAAUCCUGGAAAUUUUCUAGACGAAAGAUGAAUAUGGAAUCGGAAAAUGCUAAGAAAAACCAGAUCAUAUCGACCCUCUCAAGUUGCAUUCCCUUUAAUGUAGUAUCCGAGUAGAUAGGACUUUCAAGUUCCUUUUUGUGAAUCCGGAGCUUAUCACAGUUGGUUCUUUUGAUAGGUGAUGUUUAGUAGAUUCGAAAUUCAAAUAUGUAUCUGCAAUCUCUUCACCUGUUACUAGUCAGACCAUUUCUCCAUCAUAGCAAGAAAAGAAGAAAAAGCUUUUCUUUUUCUUCCAAAGUAAAUUACAGAUAGGACUGCAUUUUCUUUGAAGAAAUAGUUGUUGUUUAGCUUGAA